GGGGGAGAAUAUACUGCGCGCCGAUUGGCCCAGACACUGUCGAAUGAUCUGCUUGGAGUUUGUACUUAAUGAUCGCUACAUAAAGCGGAGCUGAACCCUUUAACCGGGCUGUUGAUGUGACUGCAACCCGGGGACAGUGGUUAAAGUCUGGAUGCUGUUUGAAACUUUGGCCCUUUAGAGUUCGGGUGGAUUCAGACCAGAGAAAGCGGUGAAGAUGGGAAGAGGAAGCCAGCAGACGGACCAUGGAGAGCCGGACAGCGGGAAAACUAAGGGUGUUUACACCUGGGAGGAGGUGCAGAGACACAGCAGCAAGAAUGAUAAAUGGCUGGUCAUCGAUCGAAAGGUUUAUAACAUCACCCAGUGGGCCAAAAGGCAUCCAGGAGGGUUUCGCGUCAUCAGCCACUAUGCUGGAGAGGAUGCCACGGAGGCAUUCACUGCUUUUCAUCCCGAUUCCAAGUUUGUGCAAAAGUUUCUGAAGCCACUGCUGCUUGGAGAGUUGGCAGCCACAGAGCCCAGCCAGGACCAAGACAAAAAUGCAGCCAUCGUACAGGAUUUCGAAACUUUACGAGCUCGGGUGGAGAAAAAGGGUCUGCUUCGAAGUCAGCCUUUGUUUUUCUUCCUCCACCUUGGUCACAUCCUGCUGUUGGAAGGCAUCGCAUGGUUUAUCCUCUCGACGUGGGGGACGGGCUGGAUACUGACACUUCUGUGUUCUGUAUUGCUGGCAACUGCUCAGUCACAAGCUGGAUGGCUGCAGCAUGACUUUGGUCACCUUUCUGUCUUCAAAAGAUCCCGCUGGAAUCACGCUGUGCACAAGUUUGUCAUUGGUCAUUUAAAGGGAGCUUCGGCAAACUGGUGGAAUCAUCGACACUUCCAGCAUCACGCUAAACCCAACAUUGUCACUAAGGACCCUGAUAUCAACACAUUAGACACCUUUGUACUUGGACAGACUCUACCAGUGGAAUAUGGGAUAAAGAAGAUCAAACACAUGCCCUACAAUCGCCAACACCAGUACUUCUUUCUCUUGGGACCUCCACUGCUCAUCCCAGUUUUCUACAACUUUAAUAUAAUGUACACCAUGAUAUCCCGGCGUUACUGGGUGGAUCUGGCUUGGUCCAUGACAUACUACCUCCGGUACUUCUCCUGUUACAUACCCCUAUAUGGUGUGUUUGGCUCGUUGGCACUCUUUUUUUUUGUCAGGUUUUUGGAGAGUCACUGGUUUGUGUGGGUGACUCAGAUGAAUCACAUACCGAUGGACAUCGAUCAUGAAAAGCGCAAGGACUGGCUGACCAUGCAGUUACAAUCCACCUGUAACAUCGAGCAGUCCUUCUUCAACGACUGGUUCAGUGGACACCUCAACUUUCAAAUUGAACACCACUUGUUUCCUACGAUGCCGCGUCACAACUACCACCUGGUGGCACCUCAAGUCCGCGAACUCUGUGAGAAACAUGGUAUUCCUUACCAGGUGAAAACUUUGUGGCGAGGCUUCGCUGAUAUUGUAACAUCACUGAAAAGCUCAGGGGACCUCUGGCUUGAUGCAUACCUCCAUAAAUGAUGGACUAUAUUUCCUUCACAGAUGUAAAAGGGGUGUUUUUCACUUUUGCAUCAAGAACUAAUUGUAUCUGUUUGAUUAUUAAAAUCGAACCACUAGUCUGGGAAUGAGGUUAUUGUUAAUGUUAUUAAGUCAGGGGUUUUCCUAAAUUGCCUUAGAGUAUUUCGAUCAAGAGUAGAAGUUGUUUUUCAAUCUUGAGUCAAUUUGACAAAUAAAACAUGAUUAUUUUUUGCUCAUCUGGCCAAAGGCGAGGUGAGCUAAAGCUAUUGCAAGGAAUCUGCUGUUUAUCUGUCCGUUCAAGGUUCAGAAGAAUCUCUACUCCUCCUACAGCAUUCCUCAAGAAUUUCAUCAAACUUGCACACAAUGAUGGCCUAAUGGGUCAUCACGCAAAUUGUACCCAAGGUCACGUUUUUCCUGUGAGCUGGAUGAGCUACUGCGUCACUGGCGUUUACAAAUUGUGGUUUCUCACGAACCACAAUUUGUAAAUUGUUAAUUUCAUUAUAUUGUGUCAAAAUUGUAACUACUGUAAGUGCUGUUCGUGGUUUUCUCUUCAGUAUACAAUAAAUAAACUGUGUUGACUAUUUCUGGA